GUUCAAUGCAGCUGAACUCACCUUCCUCAGAGUAUGCUGCCACCAUGAGCCCAGUCGCAAAGGCCAUCAACAUCCUGCAGGCUGAAACCAAUGUCCAGAUGGGGUGCCUACUUCCAAAUAUCAACCUGCUGAUCACAAAACUUGACCGAAUCAAGUUGUCCCUGAAGUACUAUACCUCUGGUGGAUGCACUACAACUGGGACUGAAGAAGCACUUCAGACACAUGUUUCAAGACCCUGAGCUGAUCGCAGCUGCAAACCUUCUGCCCAAAUUCAAAACAACGUGGACAAAGGAUGACGCCGCCAUCACAAUGGGUAAGACAACGUGGUUAAUUAACAACAUUGUAUUAUUCAUAAACAACUGUGUAUAGUGUACAUUUUGACAUUUCAUAGAUUUGAGAACCACCCAUUUAAACUACAAUCCUGACUUUGUGGUUCAGUCCUGUUGCUUGAUUUAUAUAGAUGGGGGAUGGGGAUGGAUGAAUGUAGGCUCACAAAAAACAAAACUGCAUGAUUUAUAUUGUCAUCUCCCUUGUAUUUCAGGAAUGGACUACAUCAAGGACCAUCUGGAAGAACAAUUGCAGCAGCUAGGUGAUGGCACCAGUUUAUCAGACGAGGAGGACUUCUCUGCCAUGAAGACGUCUCAAGCACAAGAAAUCUCCAAACAGCUGGACGUAUACCUGGCCUGUUCAGCUGAUCAUAUGGAGUUGCUCAAGUCCUUCCCAGCAGUCUGUAAGCUGUCUCUGAGGCUAAACACACCCUUUCACAGGUAGCUGAGGCAGGUAAGGCUGUUCAGCAUUGCAGGACUUGUUUUCAGCCCCAGGAGAGAAAGGCUAGGUUUCAGAAACGUUGAAAAUCAGAUUUUACUGAAGAUGAACCGCAAAUUCUUCAACUUCAAG